UUACCCAAAUGGUUGGAAAUGAAGCUGCAAAAUAAAAAAUCUGUUCCCAGAAACUAACUCAACUCUGCCGCCAAAAAUGUUUGCGUUUUAGGUUUCACCUUCCCAAAGAAGAGCUCAAUCAUGGCAUUGUUAUCCAUUUCAAUUCCUUCCCUCUCUGAUUCCACUGCUGCUCCUUCGCUAUUCCACACGUUUUCUAGCCUCAAAUGGCGGCCUUCGCCUUCAAAUUCCAUCCAUUUUCUUAAUCCGAGCUCUCCCACACUGCGACCAUGUCUUUGCCGAGCUGCCAAUUCUCAGCCUGGACCCUUGCCCAAACAAUCUUCCUCCGCGGCUCCCAAGAAACGGAAGAAAAAGGGCAAGGGCGAUACCAAGGUUUUUAAUCCCAGCGACCUCGAAGCUGUGGAGGAUUUUAGCGUCGAUGAGGCUGGACCCUCGAGCUCCAGUUCCGAUUCCAGUUAUUUGUCGUACCAUCCGACCACGUUGCCCAAACCGCCGGCUGGGUUUGUGCUGGACGACCAUGGGAAGGUUCUCAUGGCUUCAACUAAGCGAAUUGCUACCAUGGUUGAUCCUUUAAAUAACUUGCCUUUGGAAUGCGUUAUAAGAAGAGUAUUUAGAAGUUCAAAAGGGGAUGAGUGCAUGCUGCUUUGCCCUAUGGACACGCCUGUUCAAAUAUUAAAGAGCAAGAAUAUUGAUGGAUGGUCAGCUGUUAGUGAUGAUGAAGUUGAAGCUAUUCUUCCUGCUGCUGCUUAUGCUCUGGCCAAAAUACACAUGCAUUUGGUACACAGUGGAUUUUGCUAUACAGCAAGGGGAGGGUUUUGCUAUUCAGAAGAUGACAUAUUUGAUUUCCGCACAGAUGAUGGCCAAGAUGUAGAUGGCUUGCCUAACGAGGGUGUAGAAAUCACUUGCUUCCAUAUGGAUGGAGCACAUUACAUGAUUUAUACGCCAUCUGAUCCGCUUCUUUUUGUCGCUACCAAGGACAAGCUUGGACAACUAACAAUUGCUGAUGAUGAGCUGUUAGAGGACCCGGCAAUUAUCAGCGCCAUCGACAAAGAGACGGAAUUUAAUGCAUUGGUGGAGGAGGAGGCUGCUCUUCUUGAAUCAGUGUUAGGGAAGGAAUAGCACAUCACAGGCUGAACUGGAGCAAGUUGUAGUCAGUAGGUAACAUUUGUAGUAUAUUAAAAUAGGUUCAGAAGUGCUUUUGUUUGCCCCAUUUGAGUUUCUUGCUGUGGGGUUCAGCAGUUGAGGGCUGAGGCUCUAUCUAAUCAAAGCUUGAAUUACUUCUAGUUCUAGGAGUGACCUUUUACUUUCAUCUUUUCAAUAUUUAAGAGCUGAUAGAAAUUAUAGCGCUUAAAUCUCA